AUGAACUCACUGUUGCAGUACACAGCCACAUCACUGUGCCGCAGUGGCAGCAGUAUCAGUGGCAGCAUUGGCAACAGGCUGUUGCGUUGCAGCAACUCAAUCAUCAAUCAUAGAUCAUAUUCGACGACGACGACAAAGACGACAGGAGGCGACGAGAAUCAUUCAUAUGCAAACACACUCAAUCUACCAAAGACAUCAUUCUCAAUGAAGGCUAAUGCAGCAAUACGCGAGCCAACACUUCUGAAGGAUGUCUAUCAACUGUACAAAUGGCAGGAGGCCAACAACAAGGGCACGCCAUGGAUCUUUCACGAUGGACCACCCUACGCCAAUGGUGACCUUCACCUCGGUCACGCACUCAACAAGAUCCUCAAAGACAUAAUCAAUCGUUACAAGCUACUUCGUGGACAUAAGGUCAAUUACAUCCCUGGAUGGGACUGCCAUGGACUGCCUAUUGAGAUGAAGGCAUUCGAAUCGUUCAAGAAGGAUAGGAGCGCGCUCAAGCCUAGCGAGGUGAGACAGGUCGCGACGGACUUUGCAAAGAAGGAGAUCAAGAAGCAGUUGGAGUCGUUUAAGUCAUGGGGUGUGAUUGGCGACUGGGAGAAUCACUACCGCACGAUGGAACCAGGCUACGAGUCGGCCCAACUCGAGAGCUUCUACGAGAUGUACCAGAAGGGCUACGUAUACCGCGGCAUCAAGCCCGUAUACUGGUCGCCCUCUUCAAAGACGGCGCUGGCCGAGGCCGAGCUCGAGUACAAUGACAAUCACGUGAGCAAGUCCAUCUUUGUCAAGUUCAAGGUGGCUCGCCAUGGCAACGCCAAAACAUCACUUGCAGGAUUGGACAAUGGCAAGCUGUACGCAAUCAUUUGGACGACCACCCCAUGGACCAUCCCCGCCAACCAGGCCAUCUGUGUGAGCGGCGAACUCGAGUACGUCGUGGUCGAAGCGGAUAACAAUGAACGCUAUAUUGUGUCGGCUGAGCGUCUGGCUACCCUGCGCGAGAACUUCAAGCUGGCGCUGCCAGUGUUGGGCAGCAUCAAGGGCACCGACCUGGUCGGCACCAUCGCCCAACAUCCAAUGUACCCACGUGACUCGCCCGUUCUGGUUGGCGAGCACGUCGUACCUGGCUCGGGAACGGGACUCGUGCACACUGCACCCGGUCACGGACUGGACGACUUUGCCAUCUGCCAGAAGCACAACAUUCCCGUGUUGUCGCCCGUUGACGAUCUUGGCAAGUUCACAAGUGACGUAGGCACCACGCUUGCGGGAAUGGAGGUACUCGGCGCGGGCAAUGACGCGUCCAUCGAGGAGCUCAAGAAGAUUGGUGCGCUGGUCUUCCAAGAAGCAUACACACACAAGUAUCCCUAUGACUGGCGCACAAAGAAGCCCAUCAUCAUCAGGACGACCAAACAAUGGUUCGUCGACCUGAGCAACGUCCAGUCAACAGCAGUCGACUGUGUCAAGGCCGUCAACUUUGUACCACCCACUGGCACCAAUCGCCUGUCAAGCAUGGUGGGCCGUCGCACAGACUGGUGCAUCUCUCGUCAGCGCUACUGGGGCGUGCCCAUCCCCGUGUUCUACGACAAGGAGACGGGCGAGGCAUUGCUCAACGACAACACUUUCAAUCACAUUCUCCAGCUGUUCCAGAAGCAUGGCUCAGACUGCUGGUUCAACAUGGAAACGGCACAGUUGCUGCCGGCAGAGAUGCGCAACCAGGCCGACAAGUACAUCAAGGGUACGGACACGAUGGAUGUCUGGUUCGACUCAGGUACGUCGUGGCGUGGUGUGUUGGUGUCUCGUGGAGUCAUGUCCUUGGAGGACAGCGCAGACAUCUACCUGGAGGGAAGUGAUCAACACCGUGGAUGGUUCCAAUCCUCUCUUUUGACAUCAGUCUGCACAAGAGGAAUGGCACCAUACAAGAACGUCGUGACACACGGAUUCCUCCUGGACGAGAAGGGUUUCAAGCAGUCCAAGUCCCUUGGCAACACAGUAUCGCCCAAGUUGAUCGUACAAGGAGGUCAGAACAAAGUUGAGAACCCUGCUUAUGGAGUGGAUAUGAUGAGGAUGUGGGUGGCAUCAUCUGAUUACUCAAAGGAUAUCUCAGUCGGCCCAUCAAUCUUGGCAAAGAUAUUGGACAAUGUCAAGAAGAUCAGGAACACAGUCCGAUACAUGCUUGGAGCCAACUUUGACUUCAACCCAGAUCAACACUCUGUUCCAUACUCGCAACUAUCCGAGCUCGAUAAGUAUGCUCUGCACAAGGUAUACGCGUUGAGUGAGUCUGCCACGCGCAAUUAUGAUCAGUUCCACUUCCAGAAGGUGACUCAGGACUUGCUCAACUUCUGCAAUGAGACAUCGGCAUUCUACUUUGACAUCAUCAAACAAAGACUAUAUGUCGAGGCGCCAGACAACAUACACAGACGCAGCUCUCAAACAGUCCUUUUCGAAAUGUUGGACGUUGUCAACAAGAUCAUUGCACCCAUAGCUGUGCACACUUGUGAGGACAUCUACAACCAUCAGUACAAGUAUCGUCAACCGACCGAGUCUGUCUUUACACAGGGCUGGACAAGGACGCAACCCGAAUGGAACAACCCUGAGCUGCACGACAAGUGGACACAGAUAAUUGCCGUGCGUGAUUCAGUCAAUCGCAUGCUACAACAAGUGAGAGACGCCGGACAUAUUGGUAGACCCGACGAAACAACCAUCACCCUCACCCUGACCAGCCCUCUGUACGAGUUGAUCCAGUCGAAUGAAGGCCAGCUCGACGACAUCUUCUGUGUUUCCAAGGUGACUGUCGUGCGUGCCACCGACAACGAGUCUCAGGCUCAGAGCAAGGCUCAUCCAAGUGACAUCUACAGACAGGUGGACCCAGAUUAUACACACAGCGUAAUCACUGCCACUCCAAACGGUGCCGAGAUAGGCAAGAUGAGGGUGGUUGUCGAGAAGAGCUCGUGCCACAAGUGUCCACGCUGCUGGCGUCAUACCAGUGAACAGCCAUCCCAUGUUUGCAGUGCCUGUUCAUCCAGGCUAGAACAAAUCAAACAAAGACAACAAUAA